CUUUCUCCAUCUCCGCUUAGCAGUUAGCUCAGAUUGAAAUUGACUGAAACUGGUAAUUCCUAGGGUUUCAUUCAUAGCCAAGAAUUGAAGCGUGAGGACAGAGGGGUGGAGGAUGCCGCUGAGCGCAACGGUCGUGGGAGCCCUACUGGGAUUGGGCACCCAGAUGUACUCCAACGCCCUCCGCAAACUACCUUACAUGCGCCAUCCGUGGGAGCAUUUGUUAGGGAUGGGAAUCGGAGUUGUGUUUGCCAAUCAGAUGGUUAAAUUUGACGCCAAAUGUCAAGAAGACCUUGACAAGUUGCUUGCUAAGGCCAAGGAAGCCAAUGAACGCCGUUAUUUCGAUGAUGAUGAAGAUUGAUGCUGUGUAGACACAACACAAAAUAAGGUGCAUGCCUAGUAGCUUGAACUGUGUUGUGGAUUUUUUUUUUUUUUUGCGGGAUCAGUGUCUUCUCCUUGCACAAUAUUGUUUUUAAAUGCUUUCUGUUGAAAAAUAAUAUUUCCAGUCCUUGCUUGAAUAACCAACCAAAGAUGCAGACACAUUUUCCUCUCAAACUGCACUUUUUUUAAAACAUAUUUUCUCUUGAAACAAAUGUAGGAUUUGGAUUAUUUGUGAUGAUGAUAAGUUUAAUGCACCAAUGGGUAUGUUUGGAUCCCAGAAAAAACUAGGGAUAAGAAACAAAUGCUGAAUGAUGUUAUCUUCUUAUGUUAUUUUCUCAUGGAAAAAUGCAUAUAAUCUGUAAUUGUUUUUG